UAAGAAAAUGAAGAAUGUUUAUUGAGCACAUUCCAUAGUCGGAAAAGAGCGAGAUCAGUGAAAUCGUGUGAGUAAAAUCAACAUAAUUAAUUGUGUAUUAAUAAUAUUCUGGAAGCAUCAUAAGUAAGAAAAUGUGGUUUUAUACGAAAAUGUGUACAAGUAAUGCACGACUUGACGGCAAAACUGUAGUGAUAACAGGAGCAAGUGGCGGUAUUGGUAAGGAGACUGCCAGAGAUUUUUAUGGAAGAGGUGCUAGAGUAAUUUUGGCCUGUAGAAAUAUGGAAAAGGCAAACGAAGCAGUCGUAGAUAUAAAAAAUAAUCCACCUUCAAGAAUUAAAAAGGAUGAGUAUCAAAAUAUUGCGGGCGAGCUUGUAAUUUAUUCUCUCAAUCUAGCUAGUUUGAAAAGCGUGAGAGAUUGCGCUAAAAAUUUACUAACGAAAGAAGCAGCCAUUCAUAUCCUUGUAAACAAUGCUGGUGUGGCUAUGCUUCCGUACGAGAAAACAGAGGAUGGAAUUGAAACGACAUUACAAACGAAUCAUCUUGGCCAUUUUCUUUUGACGCUUCUACUGAUGCCAAAAAUGCAAUCGUCUUCCCCCGGUUGCAGAAUAGUUAAUGUAUCAUCAAUUGCUUAUAUUUUGGGUGACAUAGAUUUCGAUGAUAUUAAUCUGGAGAAAUCUUACACUUCAAUUAAAAGUUAUACGCAAAGUAAACUGGCAAACAUUCUGUUUACAAAGGAACUCGCUCGUCGAUUGACAAAAGCAAAUAUUCACGGAAUUAACGUAUAUUCUUUGCAUCCUGGUCUUAUACCAACGGAGAUAAGUCGGCACGCCAGUAAUACUCUAUUUCUAGGUACAGGUUUUGCUUAUAAUUUUUUAACGUGGCUUUUGUUUAAGAAUGUUGAACAAGGAGCACAGACAACGAUAUAUUGUUCAGUGGAUGAAAAAGCGGCUAACGAGACUGGACUUUAUUAUUCAGAUGAAACCGCCAAUCAACGAAGGAAAGCGAGCAAUGAUGAAUACGCUAAAAACUUGUGGAAUGCAUCCUGCAAGCUUCUGCAUUUAAAGCCAGAAGAAGAUCUUACUACAUUUCUGCAAACCGUUUCACGCCAAAUAUCGUAAAGAGGUAUUGCAUUGGUUACAUAUCGCAUUGUUAAAAACGAAGCCUAUAUAGUAAAUUUUAUAAACGUGUAACUCUAUUGACCUUAAUACACAGUUUGAAAGUAUCGACGAUACUAUUUUAUAAGUCGUAAUGAAUAUUUAUAUCUAAUUAGAAAACGACAUAGAUAUAUGCAUAUUUACGAUGUCCAUCUGUUUCUUUCUCCAAUGGUAUGUGGGUCUAAAUAGAUGCGAAAAGAAAACAAAGUGAAAGAAGCAUAAAAUUAUGCAUCAGCAAGUUAUAUGUAAUAUUUCUAAAUAUACACAUAUACAUAUGUAUAUUGAUAAAAUACUUUCUAAAUAUUGAUAUUAUAUUAUAUAUAUUGAUAUCAUUCUAUCGCAUAAAAAUUAUAAUACCUAAUAAAAAAAAUGGCUUUUAAUUUUUUGUAAUUUUAAUAACCGUUAUAUCGCACCAAAGAAAAUUCUUGAUCUUAUAAUGGCUUUGUGGGUGUCCUUAUCAAAAUCUCUUAAUUUUUUCUUGAUAUUUUCUUGAUAUUUUCGGAUAACACCGAUGGUCUUAUCUGUUUGACCCACGUCAC